AGCCAUAUAUACCAUAGGUCUGGGAGCGCCGUUACACAUUUUCUCUGUGUACAUCGAGAGCGCAACAUCGUGGUUUCAUCCGCAGCUAGCCUUUCCUCUGUACGAAAGAAAAAUGCCUCCUAAAGCAAGUGGCAAAGCCGUGAAGAAGGCCGGUAAGGCCCAAAAGAACAUUAGUAAGACCGACAAGAAGAAGAAGCGCAAGAGGAAGGAGAGCUACGCCAUUUACAUCUAUAAAGUACUGAAGCAAGUACACCCGGACACCGGAAUCUCCAGCAAAGCCAUGAGCAUAAUGAACAGCUUUGUGAACGACGUUUUCGAGAGAAUCGCUGCAGAGGCAUCGAGACUGGCGCAUUACAACAAGCGCUCGACGAUCACCUCUCGGGAGAUACAGACGGCUGUGAGACUUCUGUUGCCCGGUGAAUUGGCGAAGCACGCGGUCAGUGAAGGCACAAAGGCGGUGACCAAGUACACGAGUUCCAAGUAAAUUGGAAUUUACGACUAUUGACGACAAACGGCCCUUUUCAGGGCCAACAAAUUUUCGAACGUUGAUAUUCUUUUGGAUUUUGCUUUUUUUCAACAUCCUAGCCACGAUCGUAAAUGUAAACACGCAGCUUAAACCAUUUCGAAUACAACAUCAAGUAUGAUUGUUAAAAUAAAAACAUUUUCAAUUAAAAAUUAAUUCAAUCUU